AUGACAGUGGUCUAUAUGUUUGGAGACUCAAACUUGUUUGGAAUGCAAGCAGUGACUAUGACUCAAUACCCACGCGAAGACAUAUUUCAUUCAAUUGUUAUCAAAGAGUUGAAGAAGAUGGGAAACGUUGAAUAUAAAGUCGACGGAAUGCCUGGGAGAUCCAUCGAAAGGGAAGACACCGUUUUUGGGAUUUUUAGUGGAGAAAAAGUGUUUAUGGCAUUCCUCAAGUCUUUCUCUCGUAUUGAAACAACAAAGAAAAAGAUCUUUGUUUUUUCAUUGUGUGUGAAUGACAUUUUAGCUGGAGCAACGGCAGAGGAGACGAUUUCUUCCAUCAAAAUGUGUCUGAAAAGGAUCAAAGAGACUUCAAAUUCAAAGACAAUAUUAGUCAUUCCACCUUCUAUUAAAGAAUGCACCUUUCAACCAUGGGCUGAAAUUACACAAAGAGGAAGAGAGCAAUCCAUUAUAUUAACCCAAAUUCUCUUAAAAAGAUCUUUAGACAAUGUAGAUGCCUAUGCUGAUUUCUCGGACUUACAGGUCGGAGAAGACGGUGUUCACCUCACUAAAGAGUCUCACAAAAAAGCUGCCAAGAAGGUGUUAGACUCGAUCCGUUCUUUGAACUUUUAA